AAACUCUUUCUUAAAACUUGACUUUUGCCCCACAGCGUGUGUAAGGUGGUUGGGUGGGUCAGUGCCUUGUGGAGAUAAGGUUCCUUGUUAAGUAACCCAGUUAAAGCAGUAAAGCAGAGUUGUUGAGUUAUGUGUUGGUUGCUGUGGUCUUUGUAGCAUUGUUCAUUUUUAUGCUGGAUUACAGGUGUUUGUAUUGAGGAGGCGCACUCUACAGAACAGUAUGUUUAGUAAUGUUUCUUAAUAUAUGUUAGUCACUGCACAAGGCGUGGGCCAUACAAAGGUCUGAGGACAUGUCUUGGUGAAAGUAGGGAGGCCUAUGUUAUAGCGAACGUUGCAUGGUUAAUCAUUUACUGUCAGUAACCAGAAGGUUGUAUCUCUGCUCACUGAAGCAAUAGGUCAGGUUUAGAUGUGACAUUAAGUAUGUGAAAUGUAAAAAAAAGAAAAAGGCCCGUGUCUGUAUUUAGUGUUUCUAUCUAGCAGUAAGUGUAUUUGGAGAGUUGUCUUCUGUCUAUUUAAAUCAUGUGAUUCAAAGCUGACUGCUGCUGGACUGUAAUAGUAUGAGUUGCGUUACAGUAUUCUGCUGGCUACGGUUGUGUGUGCAUUUUACUUGCUAGAAUCGGUUUUUUUUGUCCUUUUAUACCAAAGGCUUGUUGAUUUGUGAGUAACUGUCAUAUAGCUGAGCAAGGAUCAAAGGUGCAGAUACACCUGUGAUCUGUGAUCUCAUCACAUAUAUCAGGAGGUGAAUCCUCUCAGAAUCCCAUAUUUUGGAUCAUAGCAGACACACAGAGGCGAGACACUACUGAGUUGCGUCUUGACCACCUUUGGAAAUAUAAAACCUGAAUGAGCACUGAGACAGCCACCCGGAAAGACGAGCACAAUUUCUGAGAAACCACAGACAGACACCGGAAGGAAUUGUAAAGGAAGGAGUUCUUACCAGACUCUCCACAGCGAUUCAAACUAUCCAACCAGCACACAACUCGUGCACUAUCUUUCAAGAAAUAUACAUCUCUUUCUCUGUGGUGGACAGUCCGCUGUCUGGUUGCCCGUGGUAACGCUCCACCAUGCCGUUCCCCUUUGGCAAGUCCCACAAGUCGCCGGCGGACAUCGUCAAGAACCUCAAGGACAGCAUGGCGGUGCUCGAGAAGCACGACAUCUCGGACAAAAAGGCAGAGAAGGCCACAGAGGAGGUGUCAAAGAGCCUGGUGGCCAUGAAGGAGAUCCUAUAUGGGACAAAUGAGAAAGAGCCUCAGACAGAAGCAGUGGCCCAGCUCGCCCAGGAGCUCUACAACAGUGGCUUACUCAGCACCCUGAUAGCAGACCUGCAGCUCAUCGACUUCGAGGGUAAGAAAGAUGUGGCUCAGAUCUUCAACAACAUCCUGAGACGUCAGAUUGGCACUCGGACGCCCACGGUGGAAUACCUCUGCACCCAGCAGAAUAUCCUCUUCAUGCUGCUCAAAGGGUACGAGUCUCCAGAGAUUGCCCUGAACUGCGGCAUCAUGUUGAGGGAGUGCAUCAGACACGAGCCGCUGGCCAAAAUCACGCUGGGGUCGGAGCAGUUCUACGACUUCUUCAGAUACGUGGAAAUGUCCACGUUCGACAUCGCCUCAGACGCAUUCGCCACUUUCAAAGACCUCCUCACAAGACACAAGCUACUGAGCGCAGAGUUCCUGGAGCAACAUUAUGACAGAUUCUUUAGUGAAUAUGAGAAGUUGCUCCACUCUGAAAACUACGUGACUAAAAGACAGUCUCUCAAGUUACUAGGGGAGCUACUUCUCGACCGGCACAAUUUCACCAUAAUGACGAAAUACAUCAGCAAGCCAGAGAAUCUCAAACUGAUGAUGAAUCUGCUACGGGACAAAAGCCGCAACAUUCAGUUUGAGGCAUUCCACGUUUUCAAGGUGUUCGUGGCCAACCCCAACAAGACGCAGCCCAUCUUGGACAUCCUGCUUAAGAACCAGACCAAGCUAAUCGAGUUCCUCAGCAAGUUCCAGAACGACAGAACGGAGGACGAACAGUUCAAUGAUGAAAAGACUUACCUGGUCAAACAGAUCAGGGACCUCAAGAGGCCCAACCCCCAGGAGGCCUGAGGAGGGGGGGGAGGGGCUUAACGGAACCUUCAGCAGCUGCUCUUCUGGUUUCUGAACAAAAAAGAAAAACGGAGGAAACAAAUUGAAACACGAAAAAAUGCAAACGUACCCAUUCUAACUCAUCAGGACGUCGCCUGCUCCUCUGCCCUUCGGAGAACUUUUGAGUUUUUUUCUUUCUCUUUUUCUUUUCCAGUCUUUUUCCUUCAAAAGAAACAAGAGAAAAUAAUAGAUGCUGCUUCUUCCUUGCACAUUGAGACGUAUUAAGUAUAUAAAAAUGACACAACAGUCCAUCAUCCACCGCGACAGGGAGACUUCCUGAUAGACACACACACACACACACACACACACACACACACACACACACACACACACACACACACACACACACACACACACACACACACACACACACACUGCAAGAAUAUCAGCUAAAAGGCCUUGAGGUGGAAAUGGUACGAGUGAGUUGAACACUGGUGUGUUUUGGUGCAUGCCUUGAACCGUGACAGAUCCACGGCGUCGUACCCGGCGUCGGCUCCGUGACACUCACCCGCCCGCCCAGUCCGGCUCUCCCACGUUCAGUGCCACAGACGUCACAGCAAACCGCUACAGUUCGCAUCUAUGCCUUCAUCCGAUAAAGCGACAGUGGUUAAUUUUACUGAUUCUUUUUUUUUUUGUGGGGACAUGUUCUCAGAUGCCAUCACCCGGACCCAUUCCCUCCUGCGUGCUUUGUUUUACGACACGGCACUCGAAGCACGCGAGGACCGGAGGGAGGGGAUGCAAGGCAUGAAUUUGGCAAAAGACUGAAGAGUGUUGGGUCUCUAUCGUUUUCCGGGACAGGGUGAACAUGUACAUAUGCCUUUUUUUUUUUUUCUUGCUUUGUAGAUUUUGUUUAACCUUGACAUAUGAAUAUAUAUUAUAUAUAUAUUACCUUAAACACCCCAGUUUUGGUUAAUUAUAAUCAAAUUACUUUCUAAACCAUAAUAGAAGAAAAAAACAAAACAAACCCAGUUAAGUGACAUUGUUUUGCAUUUAAUUUUACUGCUGAAAUGGUUGCCGGCGGGUUUUCUUUGUACAUAACUUACAGGGCCGGCUCACAUUUUAGCGAACCUAUGGGAUAUUAACAAUUUGUACAGCGGUGGAAUGUCGUGGUAUUAGCUCUGGAUCUGUUAAUCCUCUGUUUAUUCUACAGACUGCUGCAGGAGGGUGAGCAGUGCAGAGGGAGGAGGGGGAGGGGGAGGGAGAGGGAGGCGACUGGCAAAGUAUUAACAAAAAAAAAAUUCAAGACGCCUGUGUGUUUGUGCACUUUGUGAGGUGCUGAGCGAUCAACUUCACCCAACUAGAGAUGAGGACGACUGGGGGAUCCGUCUCACUUCUCAAUUUCAUUAACCCCCCCCAAAUCACAGUGAGUGAGGCAUUAAAUGUGAGCUCGUCAGGACAAGUAGCAACUUGUCACGUUUGUUCUUUACUUUCCCCCAUUUGUCACACGUUUGAGCCGUUCCCUUCAGAGGGUUUAUAAUUCCAGUACAAUCAUGAAUGUAAAGCAUUGUGGGUAGCAGAGUACUUUGGUGCCGAGCAAAACCGAUGAAACCAGGGAUUUGUCCAAUUUUCCGGUGAACAACGUGGUCGAUGUGACGAUUCAUAUUUAUACAUUAAAACAGGCAGAGGUCGUCUUGGUGCUCGGAGUAUCCCACAGUUCCUCAAUGUGCAUUGAACAUGCAUGUUCCUCCAUUGGCUGUGCAUGAUGCUGUACAAAAGACGUUGUACUGGAAUUGUUUCUGCUUUUUUUUUUUUUUUUUUCAAAUAUUUAACAACAUUGAAAUGUCAAAUUGAACUCUGGGCUGUAUGCUGACCUGGACUCGGGAGUCUCGGCAUAGAGUGUGCGGGUGCUUUCAGAAGUGUCAAAAGGCCUGGGCCCUACAAUCGAAAUAAAGAAAAAACAAAACAUUUGGAAUAAAAACACAAA